AGGUGUCCAGAACUUGGACAGACUCACCCCUUCAGCUCCACCAAGAUUGCUCUAUAGCUCUUUUGUUCUACUCCGUCAUCAUGAAACUUCCUCUCGCAUUUUCUUUCAGUCUUUUCGCCGCGACGGUCAUAGCCAGGGACGUGGCUCAGAGUCCCAUAGACCUGCACAGCACCGAAGAUCAAACCCGGCAGGACGGGCGCAAAAGAAUAGCGAUUGUCGGGGGAGGUAUCGCUGCAGCGUCGUUGGCCUACUCACUGUAUGCCGAUUAUGGCUACCUCCAACCUAUGGACCUUACCAUCUACGAGGUAGCUGCUCGGGUCGGCGGCCGCGUAAACUCGACUCUCGUCGACAAUCUAGCCUACACAUACGGGGGCUUUGUCGACACUGGUGCAAGCACAUUCUCCGCCGACGACUGGUGCUUGCAGACUGCGAUCGAUGACGCAGGAAUGCGACGAGAAGUCGUCGAAGGAGUGCCGUCAUAUCAGCAGCCUACAGCCGGUGUUUGGGAUGGCCAAACUUUCGUCCUACGUCGAGAUCGAGAUCUCAAGUCACGGACUCAGUUAGAGUACGCUCGAGAUAUACUUAAGUACGGACUCUCAGCGCGGAAGCUACAGAAGUUCAUUCGUGACAAGCUUCCGCUCUUUCACAGUCUGUACAGCAACAAUCAAGAUCCGAAUCCAAAUCUCCCCGAUGCCAUUCGGCGACUUGGCCUGGAGGAAGAGAGCAGACGACCUGCCGACGAAUAUUUGAUGGGGAACGGGAUACCGCCGGAGAUCAUACACAACAUAAUUCAACCUACUGUCCGAGCUUUAUUUGCGCACAACCUGAGCGAUCUCAAUGCAGUGUCCGCUCUCAUAGCAAUGAAUCCCACAGCAACGUAUCGACUUGAAAGCGAGCCGAGAGGGAACUUGGAGCUUGUGUCCCGACUUAUUCGGCUGUCAGAAGCACGAACACUGCUGAAUACGCAUGUCUCUAUGAUCAGCAGAUCGAGCAACGGAAAAUAUACUAUGGUAGUGUCAGUCACCGAUCCGCUUGCAACCUUAGGGACGAAAGAAAACGAUGAAUACGACGCCGUAGUCAUUGCAACACACUUGCAAGGAGCCGGCAUAGAAUUUGAUUUCCCGGCACCACUCCUACCCAAAUCUCUUCCCGACUUCGUUGAGAGACAUGUCACACAUUUCAGCACUCGACAGGAAAUUCGGCUUGCACCGAGCUUUUUCAACCUCACUAUCGCAAACGAGAUACCGGACUUGAUCUUCACAACCUCAGGGUCACGAAUCUCCAACGAAACCGACAUUUUCACAGUAGAGCAUUAUGACACCUCCGAUGGUUUUUCCGGCGACAUGAUAGAGCAGAUAAAUAUCUACAAAAUCAUAUCAUCAGGGCCUAUUCCAGACUCGAUGAUUUUGCAGAUGCUCGGAAACUCUCCGGACAGCUCAUUGCAAUCAUCAGGAGUCAAAUGGAUUGAUCGUCAAGUCUGGCCCCUAGCUUCUCCCAAGCAUACCAGGGGCCCUCAACUGGACAACGUCGAGCUCGCAAAUGGCGUAUUCUAUACGGGAUUAUCAGAUGAAUUGCUGAGUUCUAUGGAAAUGAGUUGCCGAAUGGGACGUCGAGUUGCCCAUAUGGUCUACCGGAAGCUUCGCCCCCCAAUGGGCUUUGCAGGUCAUUUAUGAUUUCUGAUUGUACGAAUGUAUCACGUCCACACUUCAGUUUCUGCGAACCGAAAAUAUGUUCCUCGGCAAGGGAACGCAGAUAUGGGGCUCAAGUUCUCAACUCUCAGUAUUUACUCUCACUCAUGGUAAC